UUCCUGACGCGAGACCCGCGCUCGCCGCCGCCCGCCCGCCUGCUCAGGCCGCGAUGACACGGCGCCCGCGGCGGCCCCGAGGCGCCGGGCGGGCCGUUUGCUGAGCGGAUCGCGGCUGCCCGCCAGCGUGUCCGCGCCGCCGCCGCCGCCGCCGCCGCCAGGAUGGGCUGCGCCCCGAGCAUCCACACUUCCGACAACCGAGCGGCGAGCCACAGGGUCGACGAGGACGCGCCGGGCCCCGCGCCGACGUCUAGACAGCGGUGGUCGACCGCGCCCGGGCUCGCGGAGCGCCAGCCUCGCGACGGCGGCGCCGCGAAGGUAUCACUAGCUGAUAUACAAUUUGGCCCGAUGAGAUUUCAUCAAGACCAACUUCAGGUACUUUUAGUGUUUACCAAAGAAGAUAACCAGUGUAAUGGAUUCUACAGGGCCUGUGAAAAAGCUGGGUUUAAGUGCACAGUCAUCAAGGAGGUGCAGGCUGUCCUUGCCUGUUUCCAGGACAAAGUGCAUGACAUCAUCAUCAUAGACCACAGACAUCCCCAGCAGCUGGAUGCAGAGGCACUGUGCAGGUCUAUCAGAUCAUCAAAACUCUCAGAGAACACAGUUAUUGUUGGUGUAGUUUGCAGGAUGGACAAAGAAGAGGUGUCUGUAAUGCCCUUCCUUACUGCUGGCUUCUCGAGGAGGUAUAUAGAAAAUCCCAACAUCAUGGCCUGUUACAAUGAACUGCUCCAGCUGGCGUUUGGAGAAGUGCGAUCACAGCUGAAACUCAGGGCUUGUAACUCAGUAUUCACUGCAUUAGAGAAAAGUCAAGAAGCAAUUGAAAUUACAAGUGAAGACCACAUUAUACAGUAUGCAAACCCUGCAUUUGAAACAACGAUGGGUUAUCAGUCAGGUGAAUUGAUAGGAAAGGAGUUAGCACAAGUGCCCAUAAACGAAAAGAAAGGUGACUUGCUCGAUGCCAUUAAUUCGUGCAUCACAAUAGGCAAGGAGUGGCAAGGAGUUUACUAUACUCAAAAGAAAAAUGGAGAAAAUAUACAACAAAAUGUGAAGAUAAUACCUGUCAUUGGGCAGGGAGGAAAAAUCAGACACUAUGUGUCCAUUAUCAGAGUGUGCAAUGGCAACAAUAAGGUUGAGACCAUAACUGAGUGUAUUCAGACUGACAGUCAAACAGAUAACCAGACAGGCAAACAUAAAGACAGGAGGAAAAAUUCGUUGGAGGUCAAAGCAGUUUCCUCCAAAACAAAUGAAGUUUGCAAUCAGAGAAGACACUCCUCUUUGACCCGGAUACAUUCGAUGAUGAUUGAGGCACCCAUCACCAAGGUGAUCAAUAUUAUCAACGCUGCCCAGGAAAACAGUCCUGUGCCUGUGACAGAAGCCUUGAACCGUGUGCUGGAGAUUCUGAGAACCACUGAGUUAUAUUCACCGCAGUUUAAUGCUGAGGAUGACCCUCACGCCACUGAUCUUGUUGGGGGAUUAAUGUCUGACGGCUUACGAAGGUUUUCAGGAAAUGAAUAUCUUCUUACAACAAGAAACCUUCAGUCAUCUUCAAGCAGCAUGUCCGUCCCCCUCUGCCUUCAUGAUAUCUCACCACGGAUUGCCCUGGCCAUAGAAAAUGACCAACUCUGGGACUUUGACAUUUUUGAGCUGGAAGCAGCUACCCAAAAAAGGCCUUUGAUUUAUCUAGGUCUCAAAACAUUUGCUCGUUUUGGAAUCUGUGAGUUCUUACAGUGCUCCGAGGCAACACUGAGAUCAUGGUUUCAGCUUAUUGAAGCCAAUUACCACUCUUGUAACCCCUACCACAAUUCUACACAUGCUGCAGACGUGCUUCAUGCCACUGCCUACUUCCUUUCCAGAGACAAGAUAAAGGAAACUUUAGAUCGAAUUGACGAGGUUGCCGCCCUCAUCGCUGCCACCAUUCACGAUGUGGAUCACCCCGGGAGAACCAACUCCUUCCUCUGCAACUCAGGGAGCGAGCUAGCCGUGCUGUACAAUGACACUGCUGUGCUGGAGAGCCACCAUGCCGCGCUGGCCUUCCAGCUGACCCUGGAAAAUGACAAGUGCAAUAUCUUUAAGAACGUGGAGAGGAAUGACUACCGGACACUGCGCCAGAGUGUUAUUGACAUGGUCCUAGCCACAGAAAUGACACGGCACUUCGAGCACGUCAACAAAUUUAUCAACAGCAUCAACAAGCCUUUGGUAGCACAAGAAGAUGAGGAAGCUGGCAAAAGCCAGGAAUCAAUAGACACUAUGCUCAAAACUCCAGAGAACCGGGCUCUCAUCAAACGAAUGAUGAUUAAGUGUUCCGAUGUGUCCAAUCCCUGCCGGCCCCUAGAGCACUGCAUCGAGUGGGCUGCACGGAUUUCAGAAGAGUAUUUUUCGCAGACAGAUGAAGAGAAACAGCUGGACUUACCUGUGGUGAUGCCAGUUUUUGACAGAAACACCUGCAGCAUUCCCAAGGCUCAGAUCUCUUUCAUUGAUUUCUUCAUCACAGAUAUGUUUGAUGCCUGGGAUGCCUUUGUUGACCUGCCUGACCUUAUGCAGCACCUAGAUGACAACUUCAAGUACUGGAAAGGCCUGGAUGAAAAGAAGCUGCACAGCCUCCGGCCCCCUCCAGAGUAGUGUGAGGUACACACCUGGCCUGGGGCUGUGUCCUUCAGGGUUAGGUAGAGCCACCCCCUCAUCUGCAGAGCCCAGAGAGCACAUGGGACUCCCUUCUAUGGCCUCCAUCCGCUACCAAAGCAUGAGCUUGCCACAAGAACUCUGGUUUGUAUCAACUUUGUGACACCACAGGCCCAGGGGCCCUGCAGGUGACCCAGGGCUCUCCUUCAGCCUGCAGAAUGGCAUCGCAGGGGUGCGGAACACUGCUGGAAGUGACCUCCCUUAAAUCGACUAGCAAACAAGAUAAAUUUAAGGUUGUGAUCCCAGCUAUUAAAUGUUUUAUUUAUUUUAUCAGACGUUUGACAUAUCUAUUAAUUUAAAAAUACUUCAGAGCCAAAGCCAACUUGAGAUGCCACCACCAGAUUCAGGACUCCUAUCUUUAAGUGUGCAUGACUUGGUGUACAGACUUAUUUUCAUAAUGCAGAUAUAAGAUGAUCUAUUUUACCACACUGUGGAAACAGGAUAAACUCUUGACGUUAGUGGGAGGGGCUUCGUGCUGGGGCCUCACUGGGGCAUGCGGCAGGGAAGCUACUGUGCAGACCAGGUUCUGAGCAGCAGCUCAUGAGCUCUGCACGCGCCUUCUCAGAGAAAAAUCUGGAUUUGACCAUUUUUUUUUUCAUAAAAUUUUAUAAUUGAAUUUUUAAGAGCCUGCCUUAUUUUAUAACAGUUUCUAUAAAAUAUGCCCUAUAAAAACAAAGCAAGCCUGAGUACUUAGUGGCUGGUAUUUUAUAACUAACCUGGGAUAUUCGAUUCUAGAAAUGUAUAAAGGCUCUCUCUCUCACAUUUUGAAUGAGCAUACUCCUAUAAAGAUGACACUCAAUGACAUGUCGAAGCGUUUCAUUUUUAAACUUGUAUUUUUCUGGAUGAAAUUAAACUAUUUGUUUUUAAGAAGUCA